CUCUACUCUGUGCUCGGGGUGACGAAGAGUGCAACUCAAAGCGAAAUUAAAGCUGCCUACCGUCGUGCUCUACUGCGCCACCACCCUGACAAGAACCAACAUGUUCAAAGCACUGGUGGCUCUCUGUUCAGUGAUCGACAUCCCAUAACGCUCAUCCGGGCUGCAUACUCCACCCUGGCUGAUCCGCAAUCAAGACUGUUAUAUAACUCACACGAGCAAGUAGCAUUCAAGCCUUCAAAAGAGCAGAGGGCAGCGGAAGUUGUUUCAUUAGAUAGGUUUGAGAUGCAUCGUGGCGUUGAAGACACGGAUGAUUACUGGUUAUAUCCAUGUCGAUGUGGAUCGUCGUAUAGGAUCAAUGAGAAACAAAUGAAUCGAGACGUGCAUUUGGUGGGAUGCCAAGGAUGCUCAGAAGCGGUGUGGGUUGGGUACGAGGCAGUGGAUGAGUAG